UCUUUCACAGGCAAAUUUGUUGGCAGUGAAAAUUGCGUUAUACUUUGCCAAAAUGAAAAAGAAGUAUGAGAUUCUCGCAAUUGUUGUGAUAACAUCAAUAAUAAUAUAUCGCGUCAUGAUAAAAAUGAAUGAGGCACCUGAAGAUGGUGUACACGAAACUGCGAGAAAAGUUUUGGAAAAUUCGGAAUUGACAACGCAAAUUCGUGAAAAGUUGAUUGACAAUCGUGAUGGGUCCAGGGGAAAACUGAAUCUAACCACGCCAUUCACAAUCUAUGGAAAUGAUGACCGUUCACAAAUCGGCCAAUCAAGAAUUCUACAGCAAUAUUUCAACGGAAAAGUAGGAGGAACCUUUUUUGAAGCUGGUGCUUAUGAUGGAGAGGAUAUGUCCAACACCCUGUAUCAAGAAGUUUUUUUCAAUUGGACUGGACUUCUUGUAGAAGCAAGCCCUGACAGAUUCUCAAAGCUUGUCGCCAAAAACCGCAGAGUGGCUGCUUUUCAAUCAUGCAUCAGUCCCAAUGGACAAGUUAUACCGAGACCGUCCUUCAUAGAACGUGUGAAACAAUUUUAUAAAGGCACACAAAACUUCUUUGAAGAAUUAACAGAAGCCAUUGGUGAAGAUUUUACUGAUCCUGAUCCCUCAUUGCAAAAAACAUUUGCUCCAGAAAAUCGGAGUACACCUAUCAAAACUCAUAAGCGCCAGCCUUACGGACCCAGAGCCCUAAAAGGAUUAGAUUCCGGAAACAUUAUAGAAGCCCGUACACGACAAGCCAGUGGCCAGAACGACAAGGUCAAGGAAUUGCUGGAACGACAAAGGGAACAGCGACAACAAUUGCUGGACAACAAACCUGUUGUACACCCGCCGAAGAUCACCCCAAAGAUCACUAAACCGACUACAAUCCAUGUCAACAUUAAAGCCAAAAACAACGGUGUCGUUGUCCACGACUUCUCCCUUGACUUUGUCUCCCUCGAAAUGGUCACAGUCUGGCAUUUGACCUCGGGAUACAUCAUCUCCUCAACGGCAACCGACGUCACAACAGCCACAUUGGAAAACAAAGAACUCACUGUCAUGCUUGAUGUAAUUGCCGGAGAUGCUGUCGUUGACGGUGUGAUUGUUCUCGUCGAAGAUUCGGACUUCAAAGAGCUGUCAUCAGCUACACCGACACACUCACCACCAACCAACUCUAUUUUGCUGCUGCUUGAUGCCCCAACACAGGAAACAUUUCCGUCAAGAAUCACCAUCUAUAUGAAU